AUGACCGCAGUGACUGGAGUAGAGCCUCCUCAGCAGAGCCUCCUCAGCAGAGCCUCCUCAGCAGAGCCUCCUCAGCAGAGCCUCCUCAGCAGAGCCUCCUCAGCAGAGCCUCCUCAGCAGAGCCUCCUCAGCAGAGCCUCCUCAGCAGAGCCUCCUCAGCAGAGCCUCCUCAGCAGAGCCUCCUCAGCAGAGCCUCCUCAGCAGAGCCUCCUCAGCAGAGCCUCCUCAGCAGAGCCUCCUCAGUAG